AUGGACAAGUCCCAACAGAGCAAGCUGAGCAAACCAACAAUAACGGGAGGCCAAGCUGGACCGGGGACUGGAUCCUUCAAGACAUCCGUCAGGGACCUCGGCGGGACUGGGGAGUGCGGUUGGUUGGCUUUAGCUUUUGCCCUCGUGCAGGCCAAUGGAAAAACUCCCAACGAGAUCAUGGAAGACGGCGGCAAGAGAUUGGCGGGUCGUCAACUUUCUGCGAGACAAUUGGACCGAAUGGCAGCAGAUCUGGAGCCCGGGCGAUGUGACUUAGUGAUCUUGAGGCCAAAGCGAUGGGUUUGCGGAUUGAUGUUGGCGGCAUUCGUCAGAAGCAAGCACGUGAACUUGGUCGUAUGGCAACGGGUCUUCGAUGAGACUGGAGCUGAAGUUUGGAAAAAGCAGGCUGUGAUGAACUACGGCAAGAACGCUCCAGCCAUUGGAGUGGUCAGGCAAGGAUCUCACUACUUCGGGCUGACGAUGCCUCCUCGGGGGUUUCCUAAGGCUUGGACAAAAGAGGUCGAGGAUGUUGACGAGAUCCAGUGGACACAAAGUGAGUGGCAGUCCAUGCGUGCUGGAGGCUCUGAUGGUGCUUGCGCCACUCCUGGAAAAACACCAAACAGAGAUGCCACUUGGAUUGAGGAUGCCCUGAAGACCCCUUGCUCUUCGGCAAAAAGGUGGGUUGACUUGGCUAUCGGGACGCCUGUUUCGGUUUUCGAUUCGGCGAUCGGGACCCCCGGCAGCUCCUCUUCUCGAACAUCUACGGACAAGAGGACCCAGUUGCAAGCCGAUGAGGCCAAGCCCACAGUUUGGUCAUGGGAUUGUAAGUUCUGCACGCUCGUCAUCAAGAGUGACACCAGGGACAAACUCACGGGCCGGAUCUUUACGCACCUUUCCAGGCGUCACCCGUGGAAAGUUGAGCAGCUCAAGCAGAAGUGGAUUAGCGUGGGAUACAGCGGAGUCGCUCACGGCAUCGGGAUUCGCACGUUUCCUGAGAUCCAGCAGGUUGUCACGAGGAAGCGCGGCGUCAAGUAUGCCUGGAAGUGCCCUUUUUGCAAUAAAGCCUUGAUCAACCGGGAUGCACACGCUGCCUUUAGGAGAGCCAAGAAAGUGCACCUCAAGGUGCAUGGCAAGACCCUACAGGAAGCUUACUGGAAGGACAAUUCCGAGGCCAGAAAGAUUGCAAAACCCAAGGCUUUCAACACGGCUUGGAGCAACGCGAUCAAGGAUAACAAGGUCCUCGAGGAGCGGGGGCACGAGAUCUACAUGCUGGCCAACGUCAAGCGCUCGGGUUUCUAUCGUACCUGUUUGAAGUGUAUGGGAUCCUGCGCCGGUGUCAAUGCGAAGAAGUCUGAAAGCAUGAAAUGGGUGAAAGAGUGCAAGCCGGUUGAGAAGCAGUGCAAGAAUGUGCGUUAUCAGACGAUUCGUCUGUGGUCCAGGCAGACGAAGCAAAGAAGGACGAUGUUCUUCACCAAGCUGGGCUUCGAUGACGCGCAGCUCCGCCUGAUCGAAAAGAAGGUGGCGAAGAUCCGCAAGGCAAAGGCCAAAGCGCAGCAGGAAGGUCUUUGGAGGCUCGUCUCUCUCGUGACGGGUGAGGACAAUCAGUUAGCAAGGGGGUCUAUUGCUCCGGACGUUAUCCUGGCUCAGGGCAUUUCCACGGCCAACGACGCCCACUGGGAAAGCUUCGCCAAUGCUAUGCAAGCCAGAGGUUACUGCGCUCACCUUCAGGAAGGCGGCAGGAGUAAGAAUAAGUUUGGACAAGUGGUUGCGGACAGAGGCGGUGUUUGCACUUUUGUUCACGGUCGUUGGAAUUCCAGACACGUGGGAGGGAACAUUGAAGGUGGGUAUCAGUGGUUGGCUGUCCGAGUAGGCCAUGCACUUGUCAUCUCUGCCUACAGACACCCUCGCGGGGACCUCGAAGGUUUGUGGACGGAUCUUGACAUCCUUCUCCGAACCUCGUGGAGGGGAACAUGGAUCGUCGGUGGGGAUUUCAACGACGAGUACGAGGACACGAACAUCGAGCACAUCGCUUCGGGACUCGGGGGGCAUCUCGUGCCCAGUGAGAUUGGUCUCGAGUCAACCCGGUGGGAGGGAAAGAAGAUUAUUGACUACUAUAUCUGCUCGGCUGGGUGCGACCAAGGCUCGGUUAUGGCGCUGGACUACAAAAUCUCGGAUCACAAAAUCCUCGAGGCCUCGUUCGUCAUUGGUUCGCUUGGAAAAAGCCUUCUUGGAUGGAUGGAAGUUAAGCUUUGGAAGGGUCUUCUUUGCGAUCUUUGGAAAGUCGGAGAGUCCACCGGAUGGACUGAAGCCCAGACGCAUGUAGAGUCCUUAGAUUGGAAGCUGGCUCAAGAGGAUGAUCAAGGCCUCGUGGACUAUCACUGGGCACUCUUCCAAGCGAAGCUGUCCUGGAUUUUCGGCCAGGCUUACCUGGUAGCCAUCCAAAACAUCCCUCCUACAACCGAGCCCAAGAAUGCGGAAAUCAAACAGUUCGUGAAGCUCCUCUCGGUCAACACGUACCGCAUUGGAGCACCCUCUCUUCGCAGCUUCAGUUGGCCUAAAGCACGAGAGGCUUGUCGCUUGGAGAUUGCGAAGCUUCGGAAAAAACUUGGCAGAUGCAUUGAGUUGGAGUGGAAGAUCCGCAAAAAGCAAGCGCCCCAGGCCUCGUCUUUGUGGAAGAAGCUGUGGCCAUCUUUGGCCUUUCCGGGAUGUUCACCUGGCGCUCUGAAGACUGUCAAGAAUCUGCGAGAGAAUACCUCGAAGUGCAUUGAUGAAAAAGAGAAGGACAUCGCGAAAUCCUCCGUUGCCAAAUGGAGGGAUGACAUGAGAAGCAUUCCCCGCAAGCGGAGCCAGUGGCUCCAUCGAGGCUCCAAGCUUUGCAACCCUGCGCUCCUCACUGAUGAAAGUGCUUCCCGCGAAGCCAACUCCUUACAAGAGGGAUGCGAGCUGAUCUGCGAGUAUUGGGAAAAUCUCUGGACCAGUGUGAAGUGGAAAGGCGAUGACAGGAAGAGCGCUGCUGAUCAGCUGGUUUCUUGCUGGAAAAAGUUUGAGUCGGAAGAGAGCUCGAGGCCCCCGGCCCGCGAGGCGACCAAACAGAGACAUCAUUCCGAAAGUGAGCUGGGAAGGCCUACGCUGCAGGUCUUUGCACGUCAAGCCCAGGUUGGUCGUGGUGCGGCUGGCCCGGACUCGUGGCAUUCGGAGGAGCUCUGCCAUCUGCCGUUGGAUGCUCUUGCUGAGGCUUGGGUCUUGAUGAAAGGUUGGGAGGAUGGAGUCACUAAGCACAAUAAGAUCCAGGAGGGCAAGAUCAAAACCAGUGGCCUUCGUCCCAUUUCUGUAUCUUCGGUAUGGGUGAGAGCCUGGUCGGCAACUUGGGUCAAAAGCUUAGAAGUACAGCGAUGGAGAGACCGAUUUCUCCCUCGCUGGGUUGCAGGCGGGAGUGGCAGUGUGUCAGCUGAUGCCAUGGCCGCUUUGGUCGAUCAGGAGCUCACGGAGGGCAAGUACGUUGGCACUCUUGAUUUGAGACACGCCUUCGACACAGUGGACAUUGGCCUUCUUCAGCUGGCGCUCCCUGAGAUUGCGACGGAGCCACUCGCCAGAUGGCUCAGUGCUUUGUUAGCCUACAUGCAGUCUCAGUCUAGGUCCUAG